CCCUGGGAGCCUUGACCCGGAGACCGGGUCUGGACGAAGGUGUGGGCUGCGGAGGGAGGCUGAGCGCACGCCUCCUCGUCUCUUCCGGGCCGCUGACCCCAGCGUCCAGCUGCUGCGCAAGGAAGGGCGGGCCGCUUCGGCCUGAACGGCGUCCUAAGGCAGCUGUCCCCUCGAGGCCCCCGUAGUCCCGGGAUUCACGUGACACAAGGUUUUACCAUGGCUUCCUCCAAGCCUCUGUCUCGCUUCUGGGAAUGGGGCAAGAAUAUCGUGUGCGUGGGGAGGAACUACGCAGACCACGUCAAGGAGAUGCGCAGCGCGGUGCUAAGCGAGCCUGUGCUUUUCUUGAAGCCGUCUACCGCGUACGCUCCCGAGGGCUCACCGGUGUUAAUGCCCGCCUACUGCCAGAACCUGCACCACGAGGUGGAGUUGGGUGUGCUCUUGGGCAGGCGUGCUCAAGCCGUCCCCGAGGCCGCCGCCAUGGACUACGUGGCCGGCUACGCUCUGUGCCUGGACAUGACUGCCAGAGAUGUGCAGGAAGAGUGCAAGAAGAAGGGACUGCCCUGGACCCUGGCCAAGAGUUUUACGGCCUCCUGUCCUGUCAGCGCCUUCGUGCCCAAGGAGAAGGUCCCUGACCCUCACGCCCUAAGACUGUGGCUCAAGGUCAACGGUGAACUCAGGCAGGAGGGCAAAACUUCGUCUAUGAUCUUCUCCAUCCCCUACAUCAUUAGCUACGUUUCCAAGAUUGUAACCUUGGAAGAAGGAGAUCUGAUCUUGACCGGGACUCCAAAGGGAGUUGGGCCAGUUAAAGAAAAUGAUGAGAUCGAGGCUGGAAUAGAUGGGGUGGUUAGUAUGAAGUUCAAGGUGAAAAAGUCAGAAUACUGAGUUGUUCUUAACGAGUGUCACAGGAGAAAGGAGACAUAAGCAAAUGAAGUAACUAAAUGCCAAUCUUAAUGAAAAUCUAAAAUGGGUCCUUAAAAAUAAAUAACGUGAUUUUAAAACUUGGGGCAGAAAUGAAAAUGGGAAUAACCACACUAAAGAAUAUUUAAUGCUUCCCAAGAGGAGAUGUGUUAAACUAAGCUCGGAAAAGUUGUAAUUUUCUUUUCUGAAACUGAACUGAGUAAGACUUCUGUAAAUUGUCUGUAUCUCCAUUAAUGAUGUUACCCUUCAGGAAAGUGUUUAUACACUCCAGUUGGUUCUUACUAGGGAAAGCUCUUCCUCCCAAAAUCAGAUAAAAGUUUUGUUAAGCGAGCAAUUGCUGAAGUCCUGCCUUGUUUACUUGGAGUGUAUAUAUUGGACUGUGACUUCUGAGUUUGGGAGGUAAUCUUGAAAUUGUUUUCCAAAUAAACACUUUUCUUGUGUGA